AUGGCCAAGUUUCUUUUCUUGUGCUUUCUUUUAGCAAAUACCCUUUUGAGUCUAACCAAUGCUACAAACCAACCUCAAAUUAUUUUCCAGUCUAGUUCAACACCAUCUGCAAACCCUCCUGCUCAGAGUCCUAGUGGCCAAAGACCACAUACAUCAGAACCCUCUAUUGGAAGGAAACUUGGUAAGCACCAAAAUAACCAAAACAAGUCUUCUGACGCCAAAAGUCCUACCCCAUCUGAAGCACCAAAAAGUCAAAACAAGGUACAUUCUAGCUCUGAAAUGAGCAUUCCUAGUCAUCAAAGAACUUCUAUUGAACCUCAAGAUGGAGCAGAUUUGGGUUCUCAUCACGUUGAGGUCCAUUUGUCAAAGCAGCAGCACCACUCAUUUGACAAGUCCAUAGCAGGUGCAGGAGUCAUUCUUGGAGGACUUGGCACCACAUUCUUGGUGUCAGUUUUCUGCUAUAUAAGAGCCACAGGAAGGAACAAGCUAGAAACAACAGCUUAG